CGUGGCCGCGGCCGCUGCAUGGCGCUGAGAUGGCGGGGGCGCCGCGCGGCCAAGGCGGCGGCGGAGGCGCGGGCGAGCCCGGGGGCGCAGAGCGGGCGGCCGGGCCGGGCGGUCGGCGCGGGCUCCGGGCGUGUGGCGAGGAGUUCGCGUGCCCCGAGCUGGAGGCGCUGUUCCGCGGCUACACGCUGCGGCUGGAGCAAGCGGCCACGCUGAAGGCGCUGGCGGUGCUUAGCCUGUUGGCGGGUUCCCUGGCGCUGGCCGAACUGCUGGGCGCGCCGGGACCCGCGCCCGGCAUCGCCAAGGGAUCUCACCCGGUGCACUGCAUCCUCUUCCUGGCACUGUUCGUGGUCACCAAUGUCCGAUCCCUGCAGGUGCCCCAGCUGCAGCAGGUCGGUCAGCUGGCGCUGUUCUUCAGCCUCACCUUCGCGCUACUCUGCUGCCCCUUCGCGCUGGGUGGCCCGGCGAGGGGCUCCGUUGGAGGCGCAGUGGGAUCCGCGGUUGCUGAGCAGGGGGUUUGGCAACUCCUUUUGGUCACCUUCGUGUCCUAUGCCUUGCUGCCCGUGCGCAGCCUACUGGCCAUCGGCUUCGGGCUGGUGGUGGCUGCCUCUCACUUACUGGUCACAGCCGCCUUGGUCCCUGCCAAGCGCCCACGUCUCUGGAGGACGCUUGGUGCCAAUGCCCUGCUCUUCGUGGGAGUGAACAUGUAUGGCGUCUUCGUGCGGAUCUUGACAGAGCGCUCACAGAGGAAGGCCUUUUUGCAGGCCCGAAGCUGCAUUGAGGACCGGCUGCGGCUGGAGGAUGAGAACGAGAAGCAGGAGCGGUUGCUCAUGAGCCUCUUGCCCCGGAAUGUCGCCAUGGAGAUGAAGGAAGAUUUCCUGAAGCCCCCUGAGAGGAUUUUCCACAAGAUUUACAUCCAGAGGCAUGAUAACGUGAGCAUCCUGUUUGCAGACAUCGUGGGUUUCACAGGUCUGGCAUCCCAGUGCACGGCUCAGGAGCUGGUGAAACUGCUCAAUGAACUCUUUGGCAAGUUUGACGAGUUAGCCACGGAGAACCACUGUCGCCGCAUCAAGAUCCUGGGGGACUGCUACUACUGUGUGUCGGGCCUCACCCAGCCCAAGACGGACCACGCCCAUUGCUGUGUAGAGAUGGGGCUUGACAUGAUCGAUACCAUCACAUCCGUGGCUGAGGCUACUGAAGUAGACCUGAACAUGCGUGUGGGGCUACACACCGGCAGGGUCCUCUGUGGUGUCCUGGGCCUACGCAAGUGGCAGUACGAUGUAUGGUCCAAUGACGUGACCCUGGCCAAUGUCAUGGAGGCUGCUGGCUUACCUGGGAAAGUUCACAUCACAAAAACAACCCUCGCGUGCUUGAAUGGGGACUACGAAGUGGAGCCAGGUCAUGGCCAUGAGAGGAACACCUUCCUGAGAACUCACAACAUCGAGACCUUCUUCAUUGUACCAUCCCAUCGGAGAAAGAUAUUUCCAGGCUUGAUUCUCUCCGAUAUAAAACCAGCCAAGAGGAUGAAGUUCAAGACUGUCUGCUACCUGCUUGUGCAGCUCAUGCACUGCCGGAAAAUGUUCAAAGCCGAGAUCCCUUUCUCCAACGUAAUGACCUGUGAGGAUGACGACAAGCGGAGGGCAUUGAGAACAGCCUCGGAGAAGCUCAGAAACCGCUCAUCUUUCUCUACCAAUGUGGUCUACACCACUCCGGGCACACGUGUCAACAGGUACAUCAGCCGUCUUCUUGAAGCCCGCCAGACAGAGCUGGAGAUGGCAGAUCUGAACUUCUUUACCCUGAAGUACAAGCAUGUCGAACGGGAGCAAAAAUACCACCAGCUUCAGGAUGAGUACUUCACCAGCGCUGUUGUCCUCGCCCUCAUCCUGGCUGCCUUAUUUGGGCUUGUCUACCUUCUGAUAAUUCCACAGAGUGUGGCUGUCCUGCUGCUGCUGGUGUUUUCUAUCUGCUUCUUGGUGGCCUGUAUCCUGUACCUGCACAUCACGCGGGUCCAGUGUUUUCCAGGGUGCCUGACGAUCCAGAUUCGCACUGUGUUGUGUAUAUUCAUAGUGAUCUUAAUCUACUCAGUAGCUCAAGGAUGUGUGGUGGGCUGCCUGCCCUGGGCCUGGAGCUCUCAGUCCAACAGCUCCCUAGUGGUCCUUGCAGCCGGAGGCCGGCGCACUGUGCUGCCUGCUCUGCCCUGUGAGUCUGCGCACCAUGCCCUGCUCUGCUGCCUGGUGGGCACCCUCCCACUAGCCAUAUUCCUGCGGGUGUCCUCCUUGCCAAAGAUGAUCCUGCUGUCUGGGCUGACCACAUCCUACAUCCUCGUUCUGGAACUCAGUGGCUAUACCAGGGUUGGGGGCGGUGCCCUCUCUGGGCGCAGCUAUGAACCAAUCAUGGCUAUCCUGCUGUUCUCAUGCACACUGGCCCUGCACGCCAGGCAAGUGGAUGUCAGACUGCGGCUGGACUACCUCUGGGCAGCACAGGCAGAGGAGGAGAGGGAUGACAUGGAGAGAGUGAAGCUGGACAACAAGAGGAUCCUCUUCAACCUCCUGCCAGCCCACGUCGCACAGCACUUCCUCAUGUCCAAUCCGAGGAACAUGGACCUGUAUUACCAGUCCUACUCCCAGGUGGGCGUCAUGUUCGCCUCCAUCCCCAACUUCAAUGACUUCUACAUCGAGCUGGAUGGCAACAACAUGGGGGUUGAGUGUCUACGGCUCCUCAAUGAGAUCAUUGCUGACUUUGAUGAGCUCAUGGACAAGGACUUUUACAAGGACCUGGAGAAGAUUAAGACCAUUGGGAGUACGUAUAUGGCCGCCGUGGGGCUGGCGCCCACAGCAGGAGCCAGGGCUAAGAAGUCAAUCUCUUCCCACCUGAGCACACUGGCAGACUUUGCCAUCGAUAUGUUUGAAGUCCUGGAUGAAAUCAACUACCAGUCCUACAACGACUUUGUUCUCCGAGUCGGCAUCAACGUUGGCCCUGUGGUGGCUGGAGUGAUUGGCGCUCGCAGGCCCCAAUACGACAUCUGGGGAAACACAGUCAAUGUGGCCAGUCGAAUGGACAGCACUGGAGUCCAGGGAAGAAUCCAGGUGACUGAGGAGGUCCACCGGUUGCUGAAGAGGUGCUCAUACCAGUUUGUGUGCAGAGGCAAAGUCAGCGUCAAGGGCAAGGGAGAGAUGCUAACAUACUUUCUAGAAGGCAGGACUGAUGGAAACAGUUCCCAUGGCAGGUCUUUUCGCUUGGAGCGGAGAAUGUGUCCUUAUGGGAGAGGUGGAGGCCAGGCCAGACGGCCCCCACUGUGUCCUGCAGCUGGACCCCUGAUCAGGCCGGGGCUCCCCCCAGCCCCCACUAGCCAGUACCUGCCACCCACAGCAGCAGGGAAGGAAGCCUAGUGGAGCCCAUGGCCACUGGAGAUGCAUGCAA